CUCAGAGAUGUCAUACAAAUACUACUACUAUUGUCUAUAACGACGACGAUGGUUGUCAAUUGAGCGGACUCUUCUUUACCAUUAUCUUCUUUGUCCUCAUGAUGACUUGGGAGGGCUUUUACAGUCUCUUCAGUGAUUCUAUCCACUCGCCCACCAUUUCCUGAGUUUCUUCGAGCUCCUCCGCUACCACCGGCGGUAUGAAGCUCUUUGCAUACUCUCAAUCGGGACUCUUAACGGGCCAGGCAAUUGCACAGUUGAAUGCGCCGCAAUGUCUCACCAGCCUUCCCCGCCAUCCCGCCGUUCAAUUCGGACUCGGGUUCAAUCGACCUGUGCAACCAUGCCAGCGUAGAACCCUCGCUGACACUCCCAAACCCUCCCUACCAGACCAAAUCCGCCUGCUCAUGCGCCGAGUCCCCUACCCCGUCGCCAUCAUAACAGCCACAGACCCGCACACCCACAACCACAAAGACACCCAAAUCGAACACUCCUACCGCGGCAUGACAGUCUCCUCCUUUAGCACCGUAACCCUACACCCCGAGCCCGUGGUCUCGUUCAACGUGAAACGACCAUCCGAAACGCUCAAUGCACUACUCUCCUCCGGACGGUUCCUCGUGCAUCUACUGGCACCCGCAAAACCAACAGCGGAUUUGGCAAGGGAUUUCUCGAUGGGAAAUCAUAAUCUGUCGAUUUUGGACGGGGAGAGUGAUUUUGGAUUUGCUGCGCAUGCGCAAACUGGGAAUGAGAAGGAGAGUGAGAGGCCUCUUCCGCUGCUGCGGAGGAGGGUGGAGAGUCGGGGCAUCGUAGAUUUCCCGUUUGUUUUUGAGUGUAGGCUUCUACCGCAGCAGAUAGAGGUGUUCGAUCACACGAUUGUUUUAGGUCGUGUUGUGGAUACGAUUCUGCAGUGUCCGUUAGAUGCUGAGGUCAAAGGUCAAACUGACUCUGGUGAACUGUGCUUGACGUAUGCUAAUACCAAGUUCUGGGAGAUGGGUCAUGAGAUCAAGGGAUGACACAUGAUUGCCCUUUAUUAACGAAUGGUGUGCCCUGAGAUGUCGACAUGGCCACCUCAUUGCUGGCAUUUGUAUAAUAGAAAGAUUAAUAGUCGUUUGUAUAUACAAGUCUGGAACUUUAAUCCAUCUACGCCUUCUAUUCAUACAACACCAACACCACAGAUAGCAAG